UCUUCGUGGACGGCGGUGACUUGGCUACCGAGCGUGCGUCAAACCGCUCUGAAGUGAGUAAAGGAAGGGCAGGGAAAUAUCGGGGCGAUUUCGUUUGUGCACUUUUAUCGCUGCUUGAUAUAGGCCAGCUAGCCCUUGCCAGGUGUAUUGUAAGGUUUCGGGAAUGUGUUGUUGAGCUCUGUGUGUGAGUUCAACUCCGGUCAUCAUUACGCACGAGAGGAAUCCCGCUCCAGCAGCGACAAGACAACGUUGAGAACAGACUGUUGAGAAACAGUAGUGGAAGAGAGAGGAAUACCUCCACUCUCUCAUCAUGAAGACUGGAGGAAGAAAUCCUGAUCCUGGGGAGAGGAGCCAGGGUGAGAGGCUGUCCGGGAGCUCUGCUGGAAGUCAGGGGAGGAUUAGGCUGUCUCUAGCCCACCCAGGGCUGCUGCUUCUGGGGAUAGUACUGCUGGUCCUCCUGCCUUCUGGAGAAAGUGUCAAACAGAAUGUACCCAGAGUCAAACUCACCUACAAAGAGCUGGUCCAGGGUGGUAGUGUAUCAGUGUUCCUGAGUCCUACUGAUGGUCUCCAUUCCCACUCUGUGUUGUUGGAUGAGGAGAGAGGCAGGCUGCUGCUGGGAGCCAGAGACUCAGUCUAUCUACUGGACCCUGACAACCUCAGCAGAGCCCCCAGGAAGAUCAGCUGGCCAUCCCCCAGAGACACAGUGGAGAUGUGUAAACUGGCAGGCAAGAACGCUCAAUUGGAGUGUGCCAACUUUGUGCGUGUGCUCCAUAACUUUAACCAUACCCAUGUGUAUGCCUGUGGGACAGGAGCCUUCCAUCCGAUAUGUGCCUUCGUUGAGAUCUCAGGACGUAGAGUGGAGGGUGUGUUCCAGUUGUUGUCUGGUACAGUGGAGUCCGGGAGGUUGAAAUGCCCUUACGAUCCCUGGCAACCUUUCACCUCUGUCCUCACAGACCAGUUUCUGUAUGCUGGCACGGCAUCAGACUUCCUGGGUAAAGACAUAACGUUCAGCCGCUCCCUGGGCCCACCCCCCGACCAGCACUACAUACGUACUGACAUCUCAGAGGACUACUGGAUCAACGAGGCCAGGUUUGUAUCAGCCCAUCCUGUGUCAGACACCUACAACCCUGACGAUGACAAGAUCUACUUCUUCUUCCGCGAGUCGUCACGUGACGGCAACGAUAAGAGUGUCCUGUCCCGCGUGGCACGCGUCUGCCAGAAUGACGUGGGAGGGUUGAGGAGUCUGACCAAUAAGUGGACGACGUUCCUCAAAGCCAGACUGGUGUGUUCCAUCCCUGGACCCGAUGGAGUGGACACACACUUUGACGAGCUCCAGGACAUAUUCCUGCUCCCCACCAGAGAUGAGAAGAACCCUGUUGUGUAUGGAGUCUUCACCACCUCCAGCUCUGUGUUCCGUGGCUCAGCGGUAUGUGUGUACAGCAUGGCUGACAUACGAGCUGUGUUCAACGGACCCUACGCUCACAAGGAAGGACCUGACCAUCGCUGGGUAGAAUAUGAGGGAAGAAUACCUUACCCUCGCCCUGGAACGUGUCCCAGUAAGACGUAUGAUCCCAGGAUAAGGACCACUAAAGACUUCUCAGACGAGGUGGUCAGUUUCAUCCGCUUCCACCCCCUCAUGUUCCGCUCCAUCUAUCCCCUGACCGGCCGGCCCGUGUUCACGCUUGUACGUGUCGACUACACACUGACACAGAUAGUGGUGGACCGCGUCAUGGCUGAGGACGGACAGUAUGAAGUCAUGUUCCUGGGGACAGAUGCUGGGUCAGUCCUGAAGGUGGUGAGCAUUACUCAGGAGAACUGGUCUACUGAGGAGGUGAUUCUGGAGGAGCUCCUGGUGUUCCAGGCUCCCACUCCCAUCCUGAGUAUGGAGAUCUCUUCUAAACAGCAACAGCUGUAUGUGGGUUCGGGGGCUGGGCUAGCCCAGGUGUCACUGAGCAGGUGUCACCUGUAUGGUCAGCUGUGUGCAGAGUGCUGCCUCGCCAGAGAUCCCUACUGCGCCUGGGACGGACACACCUGCUCACGAUACGUCCCAGCAUCCAAGAGGAGAGCCAGAAGACAAGACAUCAAACAUGGAGACCCAUCCAGCCAGUGUUGGGACACAGAGGAAACUCUGCGUGGAGGCAGGGUGGAGGAGAGGAUCAUAUUUGGUGUGGAGAAUAACUCAACCUUCCUGGAGUGUCUCCCCAAAUCACAACAGGCCACCAUACGCUGGUUCAUACACAGACCUGGAGCUGAACACAGAGAGGAGGUGAGGCCAGAUGACAGAGUGGUCCAUACAGACCAAGGUCUCCUCAUCCGCUCUCUCCAUCCUGCCGACUCCGGCAUGUACGUGUGUAUGGCACAGGAGCACACGCACUUUACACACACUCUGCUCCGCCUCACGCUGCGCCUCAUUUCCCACGGGCAUCUUGACGGGCGGCCCAAGCCCAGCAAGGACCCCAGCGUCGAGGUUCGCCCCGGGGCAGACUCUCGUCAGCGCUAUAAGGACUACCUGCGGGUGAUGAGUUCUCCCAUUGGCUCGCUGGAACAGUACUGUGAUUCGCUGUGGCUGGAGAAGAGGCCGGCCAAUAGGCGAGGCGGAAGAGGGCAGGGGGUGGGAAAAUGGAAACACAUCCAGGAGCUGAAGAAAAGCAGGAACAGACGACACCACGGAGAGAGAAACGGAGAGAGGGAUAAAGAGUUGGAUGGAGAGAGGGUAGGGCAGCGGAGGAGAGGAUGAGGUGGUGAGGAUACCAAAGAGGAGGAGUGGGCACAGCAGUCGCAAAAAGUGUCAUCAGUCAAAGUAUUAGGGGAAACCAUCAAUGUUUAUAGGGGUAAAAGGUAGCCAUGGGUAAGAUGAUCAAAUAAGUAAUUAGACUUGAGGGAAAGUUAUAAUGCCAUGGGAACAGGUACCACAAUACCAUCUUAGAAAAAAGGUUUCCAAAAGGGUUCUUUGACUGUCCCCAUAGGAGAGUCCUUUCAGGU